AUCGAAAACCACGACCGCCAACAUGCCGAAGGAAGUCAAGCAGAAGUCCGGCCUCAUCGUCGGCCUCAACGCUGGCCACAAGGUCACCCCGAGGACCCCCGCCCCCAGGAUCUCCAGGAGGAAGGGUUUCCUAUCCAAGCGCACCGCUUUCGUCCGCGAGAUCACCCGUGAGGUCGCUGGACUUGCCCCAUACGAGAAGCGUGUCAUCGAAUUGCUCCGUAACUCCAAGGACAAGCGUGCCCGUCGUCUUGCGAAGAAGAGGCUCGGUACCUUCGGUCGUGCUAAGAGGAAGGUUGAGGAGAUGACCAACGUCAUCGCCGAGUCGAGGCGUGCGGGUCACUAAACGGUUUACGAACGGGACAACGAUGCAACACGGCGACCGGUGUCCGAUUCUUCAUGGGUGUUAGGUCUUUCAUAUCAACGGCUCGACACGACUUUCGAAGCGUCUCAGCAUACCACAAAAUGGAGGGCAACGAUAUCGGAGUCAGGCUACGGCACAUGGACAACAAGAAGUUCAUACACCUAGCAAGUGUCACACAAAAUCAUGAAAUGUGACGAUCGGUUCACGCCAAUCG